GCGCCUCCAGUCACAGACUGCUCUAGGACACAGAUUCUUGGAUUCUGGCAAACAGGAACCAACAGAUUUGCCUAUUGCUGUACCUAGACAAAGGUAGCUGGCUGUGCUUUCAAAGCAGAAGUUGUGAUCAUCUGAUGAAGCUUUGUGAAACUGUGCAGAGAUGAUGGGAAAGGCGGAUCAUGAAGAACCGAGUGUUGGGAAUUAACUGAAGACAGAAGUACAGUUUCCUCCGCUAGUGCCAUCAUGGCCAGUCUUGUUCUUAACGAGACUGGGAUGGAGAACUGUGGCAUUGAUGACUCCUUCAAGUACAACCUGUAUGGUGUGGUGUACAGUGUUGCAUUUGUUCUGGGACUGGUCACCAACUGUGCUUCACUGUUUGUCUUCUGCUGUCGCAUUAAAAUGCGUAACGAGACCACGCUUUUCAUGACCAAUCUAGCUUUAUCAGACUUAGUGUUUGUGUUUACUCUUCCUUUCAAGAUCUUUUAUAACGUGAAUCGCCACUGGCCAUUCGGUGAUACGUUGUGUAAGAUCUCUGGAGGAGCCUUCAUCACCAAUAUCUAUGGCAGUAUGCUGUUCCUGACAUGCAUCAGUGUGGAUCGCUUCCUGGCUAUCGUUUACCCCUUCCGUUCACUCUCCAUCCGCAACCGUCGCAAUGCUGGUGUCGUGUGCGGUAUCAUCUGGCUGUUGAUACUCGGUGGGGGCAUGUCAGUCACAUUCUUCUCUUCCACCAACCAGUCCAAAACUAGCACCACCUGCUUCGAGGGAUUCUCCAAGAAAACAUGGAAGACGUAUUUGUCAAAGAUCACCAUCUUCAUUGAAGUGGUGGGUUUCCUCAUCCCAUUGAUGAUCAAUCUAGCCUGCUCUUCCAUGGUGCUAAGGACUUUACGUAGACCUGCUACUCUGUGUCAGACUGGCACCAACAAAGAGCGUGUUCUGCGCAUGAUUGUAGUGCAUUUGGCCAUUUUUAUUGUCUGCUUUGUACCUUACAAUUCUGUUCUGUUUAUCUAUGCCAUGGUGCGCAUUAAAGCACUCGUGAGCUGCUGGGUGGAGAGGCUUGCACGAAUCCUGUAUCCCAUAACACUUUGCAUUGCUACCUUCAACUGCUGCUUUGACCCGGUAGUCUACUACUUUACCUCUGAGUCCUUUCAGAAAUCACUGACUACUGGGAAGUGUCAGGCCAUGCAGGAAAACAUGCUGCAGAGUGAAGGCCCUGUAUCUAGCAAGGAGAAUCCUGACACACACACAGCUGAGCUCCACAUACUGACCAGCAAUGGAAAAGAUCAAGCCAGUGAGACCCAGUUCUGAAAGGAAUACAUAGUUCCAGGACUACAGUCAGAAGGAUAUCGAUGAGAUUCUAGUCUCAGGAUGUAGCGUUAAAUACAAUGACUGGAAUUUGGACUCAGUGACACACAUGCAUGGAACAUCUGUGUCUCUUCUAUGAUUCUUUUCUGUCCAUUAGUUUGUGUUGACUACUUUUAGGUUUACUAAAGGCAGUUAGUGUUUACACAGCAGUCACUCAUCAUCACUGCAUUUUAUCAAUGAUUAUUACCAUACCAUUUGUAUCUGUUAUUGUAUUGUAUUUUUACCCAGUCAAAGCACCUUUUGAACGUAUCUCUCUCUCUCUCUCUCAAAAAUUUAUGUUAAUAUGACUUGUGUGAAUCUGGAAUGCAUGUGUACAGUUCACUUUCCGAAUCUAAAAAGUU